AUGGCCAAUGGGGCCAAUGCCUCGAGCGCUGGCUUUGUGGCUUUCCGGCAUUUCCCCUUCAUCCCGACCAAGCCUUUGGGACUGCAGUGCUGCGGCUGCUCGCGUGGGCCGGAGCAUACUCCGUUGCGGAACUUUGCCCCUAUUCCUGUCGCCGUGGGCAUCCGCGGUCAUCUAAGAAUGAUUGCCGCCGACCCAGGCCUGGAAAAGGAUGAGGGUACCCCGCAAAUCGCUUCCCUGCUCACCAGGGGCCUGGAAAAGGAUUACUUGUGGCAAGUCACGCUGAUGCUGGGAGUGCUGGCCCGAAGAAACGACACGGCCUUCGUCAGAAGAAACUCGUCCGAGGUCACCGUUGUCUGUGCAGCCAGCAGUGUCGUCCGCGAGCUGCGCGAGAUUGUGUGCACGUUGGCUGCAGAGUCGGCAUGCCAGCUGCGCAGGCCCAGGACUCAAGAAGGCGGAAUAACUGUGGCGCUUGGGCUUGAUCACUGGCCACAGGAGUGGGCUGCGGAUCCGAAGGGCAAAGCCCGCUGUGAGUGCACUGGUCAAAGUUGCAAACGCCUGUCGACCUGGCUCGUCGUGGCUCCUAGCAUGCCACCUGAAGAAAGCAGCCGCGAGUCAGCCGUGCAAUGCCGCGGCCCCGCGCUGUGUAGGCUGCGUGCUAGGUGGCGUAGCGAGCUGGCCAGGCGCGUGGCAGGCCUAGGCGGCGUGCUGCGCAGCGGUAGGUCAGCAAGCCAUGGCCUCACAGCUGCGCAGGCGAGUGCGGUCCAGCUUCCUGCUGAAGAGUCCCCUGUCAACGCCACGCCGGCCAGGCAUGCUCCCCUCCCUGAUGAGAAGCAGCCGCGAGUCCUCCGUUUGAAGCGGGCCCAGGCUGCGAAGCUUGUAUGCUGCAUGAGCAGCGAGUCGGAUCCAAGCACCCGGGCUCACAGCUAUAGAACCGAAGGACUGGUGCAAAGCUGCAAAGCUUCCGCCUUGCAUCAGGAGCGGCAGCACUUUGAGGCGAUGGGGCGCACAGCAGGGCACCGCCGCUCCCCGAGCUCCUGA